GUAAAGCUAAAGCCAAGCUAAAGCGUCCUUUUUCUGAGAACAAAUAUUUUUGACGUUUUAGAGCGCUAUGCUAUAAUGUUAUUAUAUUUUAGAUCAAGGAAUAAAAUCGGUACUCUAACGAGUUCCUAGAAGUUUUAGUGAGUGAUUACGAACGUUAUCAAAUCGUACCAUCACAAAUACAAAAUGACGUGAUCGUCAGCGAUUACUAUUCAAAAACAAUAUAUUUGACAAGGUCUAUUACAAAACAAUUGUAACGCGAGUUUCUAGUAAUGCAGUUUGUUUUUCGUGGUAAUUAAACCAAUUAUUAGGUAUAUGGUGUUCUAUAAUUUUGUGUCAGCUAUAAUCUUUUCAAGUGAAAAUGGUUCGAGUUAAUAAUUUAAUAACUCAGACCCAAGAGGGUGUCAAGACUCCCCAUCGUAUUGAGCUCUGUGAGGAAAAAUUGGAUAGACCUGUACGAAACUACAGAAAGCGCAGACUUGUCGCUGCAUCACCUAUAAAGACUGAAAAUGAGGAAUUGUUGACUGAGGCACCAUUAAAAAAAGUUCAAGUAAAGUCUAAGCCACUAAAGAGUAGUAACGGUAGCAUUACCAAUAUGACCAACGGCAACACAAUGCGGUCUCGUGCCCCAAAAGCAAUUUUUAAAGCAAAUGAAAGUCAUAAACUAACAGAGUACUUCAAAGAAGAGCUCAAGAAUCAACCCAAAGUAGAGUCACCACCUUUGUUAGCCAUUGACAAGCCUGCCAAAGUAGAAGCUAAAUCUGUUAAUGGACAAACAAACCACAAACUAACAGAGUAUUAUCCAGUUAGGCGUAGUGUUAGAAAGACUUCAAAAUGUGUAAUGGCGGAAAAAAUGCGUGACUUGGAACGAGCUGUAAGAGAACAAAGGGAAGAUGGACUGCAGGUUGCGUACUUCGAGGGUAAAGGGCGCGGUGUAAUAGCAACGCGUCCUUUCGAACGCGGGCAGUUUGUUGUGGAGUACGCGGGCGAGCUGGUGGGCGUGGCUGAGGCUCGAGAGCGAGAGCGACUCUAUGCUCAGGAUCCGGAAGCCGGCUGUUACAUGUACUAUUUUAGGCAUGGCGAUCAACAGUAUUGCAUCGACGCGACCGCAGAGAGCGGGCGGCUGGGGCGGCUGGUGAACCACUCGCGCGCCGGCAACCUGGUGACCAAGGCGCUGUGGGUGGACGGGCCGCGCCUCGUGCUGCUGGCGGCGCACGACAUCGCGCCCGGCCAGGAGCUCACCUACGACUACGGGGACCGCUCGCGCGACUCGCUGCGGCACCACCCCUGGCUCGCGCUCUGACCUGGAUGUCGUUCCAGAAAUCUCAAAUGGACUCCUAAGCAUUAUUUAUUAAUUUAAAAUUAGUUUUAAUGAAGUUUGUUAUCGAAGAUUUGUUUAGACUUCAAAUUGUUAAAACUCAAACAAAUCUUUGAUAACAGUUGUCACGUAUUGUAUUUUUGAAUAGUGAAACAAGGGCCUAACAUUAUUGGGGUCAACCAAUAAUAUAUGAACGCUAAUGUAGGAAGAUUAUGUAAUUUUAUCUUCAAGAGGACAGAAUCCCGAAAACCUAAUUAAAAUAAAAAAAUUACAGUAGUAGAAUACUAAUUUUUCUUCCGAUAAUAUUUUAAUACAAUUUAGUAUUCGCCUUUACCAGUAUUUUAAUCAUGAUCAUUUUGAAAUAUAUGCACCAACAAACUUUGAAAUGUGUAUGAAUUGUAAGGGAAAUAAUAAACUGCUCGUAGAUAAUAAUGGUAUUGGUAAAAGACGAAAACUUAGAAUAUUUGACGCCAACCAAAUAAUGGUUGCGAACAUAAAUGUCACUUGCCAUCAGGUGGACUGUGUGCUCGUUUGUCACCCUAUCCUAUAAAAAAAAAAAAGAGGAAAAAGACAAGAUAGCAAUUUUGAAAUUAUAAAUGACCUAGAGUGGUAAUUUUAGAUUGUUGAAAUGGCAACACUGAUAUUUUGUACAUAAUAUUUAUAUCCACUUAUCUCCAUCUGGAAUUGUGGUAAAGCACUGACUUAUAAUAAUUAAAAAAAAAUUGAAAUGUAACAUGCUCCUGCUAGUUCUAUUGACUAUAUGUAUAAUUGAAAUGUUAAAUGUUGUUCUCUACAAUUAAGCAAUAUAAGCCAAUAUAAAAACCUACUUAAUAUAUUGUUACAAGCUGUUGUUUACAUGUAAUAUAUUUUUUAAAUGAUUACAUAGUGGAAGCCAACACUAUUAUCAAAUAUAUAGUGUGCGCACAAUAUUUAUUGCAAAAGUUCUUUUAUAAUUUUUUAAAUUUGUAUACCAAAAUAUUUUAACUGAAUAUAAAAUUAUCAUUUUCUUUCAACUUGUUUACUUUCUACCUUAGAUUGUUAAAAUGGCUUUUUAUAUUACAUUUUAGGCAGAGCAUGCAGUUUAACUUAUUUAUAUCGAAAUAGUUGAUAUUUAUCAUUAGUAUAAUACUUAUUUUUGGGGAAGUUAUGUUGAAUAAAGGUUGUAUGAGUUGCUCGCAGGUGAUAAAUAACACUAAUUCAUAUUAUUUCAAUUUGUUGAUUGAACGCUUAAAUUUGCCAGCCAUGAAGAAACAAAUAAAAUUACCGUUACAUUAUUCAAAUACUUUAUUAUUAACCCACCGAGAUGAGAUCAAAUUCAAAUAUUGUAAGGUAACAUUUUCAUUUUGGAAUUGAUUUAGAAAGGAAUAAAAAUGAUUGUGGGUCGGGUGCGCAGUUAUAGUUCAUGUUUUAUUUAAAUAUGCGCGUUCCCUUUAUUCAAAACUAUUUAAAAAAAAAUCAGAAUCUAAUAAAAUUGUAAAUGGAACCUUGAAAAAUGAUCUUGCAUUUCCUUUAUGGAACAUUUAAGUGCAAGUCCAUUUACAUGAUUACAUUUGUGUGGCAGAGCCUGCAUCCCAAUACAGUACGUGAAAUGAUAGUUACAAAAUGAGCUGUCAAAAUACGUGUUUGAGCGUUCUUAGUAUAUGCAAAUACCAAUUUCGUCCUUAUAUCUAAAGUCAAGAUUAUAAAAAGAAUUUCCAAAAAUUUAUACGAAAUAGAAGUCUAAAAUAGUUGAAAGUUUAUUAAAAUUUUGUUUAUAUCAUUCUACAUUAACGAAAGGUCAAGAAAAACCUAAUUACAACUCAUAUAAAGUUUAAAUUUCGAAAAUUUUACACAUUUAUUAUUCUUUUGAACAUUAUUGUCGUAAAAAUAAUAUUAAUACACAAUAAUACACUCGGUAAUGUUAACUACAAAAUGUUAACAAUUUUUAUACUAAGAAUGCUCAAUUUAUAAUAUGUUUAUUAAAAUAUAGGUCCAUUUUUAAAGUUAAUACAUUUAUAUCUACGUUAGUAAAUAUUAUUAGUGUGAGAAGCUUAUGGGCUUAGGGGAAUGAUCACGAAAUAAAUAAAAGGAAUUAUUAGAUGAUAAACUAUGUUGUUAACAAUGAGGUGUUGUGUUAGUCCAUUGUUACUAAUCAUAGUAAUAGUUCAAGUUACAAGUUACAAAGGUAACGCUUAAUCUGUAGUCUUUUGAAUUAAAUCUAUUUUCAAAGUAUUGUUCAAAUAUUAGGGCUGAUUGACAUUUCUGCAUUAUUAGGAAAGUUGUAACUAUGUCCUUCUCGUUUAAAUUUGUGUGUAGUUAUUUGUUAAAGCUGACAAUGUUACUGGAAAUAAAAAUGAUAUAUUCAUGAUAAAUCUUUAUAUAUAAAAAUUACGUGUCACAUUGUUUGUCCGCGAUGAACUCCUAAACUACUGAACUGAUUUCAAAAAAGUUAUGAGGGUUAUUACAUAAAAAAGGACCUUCAAGAAAAGAGCCUACUUCUUUUUAAAAGGCCGGCAACGCAUUUGCAUUUCCCCUGGUGUUGCAGUUGUUCAUGGGCGGCGGUAGUCACUUACCAUCAGGUGAGCCGCAUGCUCGUUUGCCCCCACUCCUAUAAAAAAAACAUACAUUCGAAUUGAGUACCUCCUUCUUCUUGAAAUCGGUAGAAAAGAAAAACAUAAUCGAGCUCACAAAAAAAUUCUGAAAAGAACAGACAAUGCAAAAUAUUUUUAUAUACUCAUUUUAGCAGUUCAUGGAAUGUCUUACCGUAAAAGCUAUAUUAUAUUGAUAUUUGUUUAUUUGUUCUACUUUUAUAAACUAAGCGCCUCCUUGACCUAGUGGUCGUAAGCGCGUCUGCUGAUAACGUGGUCGCGGAUUCAAAUGCCGGGUCGGGUCAAAAUAUGUUAUUUGUAUUUUCUGUCAAGAAACAGUCGCUUCCCGUAGUCAGGAAGUUAACGGUGAUUCACCCCCAUGUCACGUAAAUCACGUAAAGCCGUUGGCCUAGCUUGAUUUCUCCGGUCGUUUCGGAUAUCCGCCCCAUCGGACUAUGUGAGUGAGGGAAUAGUGAGCAUCUCCGCAGAGAGCUAGUCUUCGAUUAUUAAGCUAGCUGACCAUAAUUUGGUUUGGAGGGCAUAAUUAUUUUAUAAUGACUUAGUGCCACUGCUAGGCUUAUUGUAUAUGUUAUUUUUUUGGUGAUCAAGAUAGAUAAAAUAUUUUUUUUAUUAAAUAAGCUUAAACUUUCAUCCAAAAGCUAAAAUAAAUGUUUUCAUAGUCCAGCAACAAUAUUAUCUUAUAUAGUGUCUAUCGCUUUAGUAGUUCCUACUUCCCUUAAUGUUAAUAUUAUUAAUAACCUUGUAUAAAUUCUAAAUGUAUUUAAGUGUAAGUUAAGGGUUUUUAACAUUUAUUUAAUAUAGCAGAAAUGUUAAUUGUAAAUGUAAAGCUUAACCAACUUAUAAUUGUAGCAAUCUUCCUUAGGUUAACAUAAUAAUAGUAUUGUAUGUUCUGCAUUUUUAAAGGAAAUUACCUGAAGUAGAAAGAUAUUGUAAUGUCGUAAUAACUCACGUUUUUAUCUCUGCUUAAUAUUUGACAGUGUUUGCUCACGAUUUAUUGCUAAUGCUUGAAAUUUUAGAUAUUUAAGUUCAUUUUCCACUAAAAGUUGUCUCUUCCGUAAUGCACUUUACAACUUGACACUUCCGUAGUGCACUUUAUUCAUGCACCAAUAUUACGCCCGUUACAUUUUGAGAUGGACUUACCUCACCUUAGUUAUACGUUAUUUUGAGAUUCAACGAUUUUUUGCACUGACCGCAUAACAUUCGCUAAUAGUUCAACUUGCUUAUUCUAAACUAUUUUUGAUAAGCACAUUUUGCCAGCAAACAGUAUUUACAUUACAUGUUAUCAAAGAGGAAAUAAAUAGAGUGCCUUAGAAGCUUAGGUGUUGCUGAUCCACUGUAUGGACACUGCAGACUAAAAAUUAAAAUAAGAAUAAAACAAACUGUUUCUGUGCAAUGUCUACCUUAGAUUAGAUUAGAUUGUGGCAAUUGAAAAAAAAAUUUGCAGCAAUAAAAAUCCAAAACGGUUGUUGUAUCAUAUAUUAAUCACGAUUAUAAUUUUUUUCUUGGUUAUGGUAAGUAAUGAUUGAAAUAUUGUAUUUGCAAAUGUUGGAAUAUAAAAGACGUCAAAUGACUUCUACUUUCAAUAUCAAAGUAAGUGAAAUACAUGAAAAGUAGACUGUGUAUGUAUUUUGUAUUUCUCAAACUGGUAUACAUGAAAAAUAUUCUAUUUUUGUAAUUUUAGCAAUAUUAAGUUUUUAGUACAUUUUUUUUUCCAAUUAUAUUUAUAUGUACAAUUACAAUCUGGUUAAAGAAAACGUAGUUAAUAAUGAUUAAAAUAUUGCAAAAGGCUAUCUUCCUAAUUAGUAAUGAGACUUAAUAAUUUAUUUAUUUUUCGUGAAUUUAUAUUAAUUGAAUAGUAGUGACGAGAAUUGAGUGAAUUAAAAUGUUAAAUAUUU